CCCAGGCAGGGUGGGGGGCUCUGGGGACGCACCGGGUCGACGCACCUUAUCAGCGCGUGCCAGGCGGGGCCGCCCGCGGCCAGGGCAGCAUCCCAGCCUGUUAUCAGCCCAGAGUCCACAGGACGCUGCUCGGGUUAACGUGUAACCAACCACACGCUGUCCUCACCCCAAAGCCACGGCACCCGCAGACGGCCCCCGGGUGUCGCAGGCCAACAUGGACUCCAGGAGACAGCUCGGGGAGCCCGGCGUCUCGCUGCAGGCCUGCAGGUGGCUGAGCCCCUUCGGCCUGGCCUGCGCCCUCUACUUCCUCCUCUGGAUCCCCGAGAGCCAGCCGUCCUGCCUCGGUGCCCUGGUCAAGUGCCUGCCGGUGCUCAGCUUGGCGCUGUUCCUGCGGGCCCAGCCCCCCGGCCCCCGCAGCAGCCGGCUCCCGCAGGGGGCCCUGCUGUGCUCGGCCGUGGGGGACGCCUGCCUCAUCUGGCCCGACGCCUUCCUCUACGGUGUGGGUGCCUUCGCCGCGGCCCACCUGCUCUACCUCUGCCACUUGGGCUUCACGCCGCGGCGGCCACACCUGCUGCUGCCCAUCGGCCUGGUGGCCGCGCCCUACUUCGGCCUGCUGCUGCUGCAGCUGACGCCCGACAUGGUGCUGCCCCUGGCCGGCUACGCGCUGCUCCUGGCCACCUUGCUGUGGCGCGGCCUGGCGCGGGGCGGCCUGGCCGGCUGCGGCGCCCUGCUCUUCACGUUCUCGGACUGCGUGCUGGCCUGGAGCACCUUCGCCUGGCCGCUGCCCCACGCCCGCCUGCUGGUCAUGAGCACCUACUACGCCGCCCAGGCCGUCCUCGCCCUGUCCGCCGCCCACGGCGCCCGGCCCAAGGCCAGCUGACGAGGCCUGGGCGCCUCGCUUCCCGGCGGA